AUGGAAGAAGAAAAAUGUGUGGCUGACCCUCUCAACCCUCUAACACCCUCCAACAUACACUACAUCAUUCAUCAAACCAGCCCUCCCUCCAACACCCUCCCACCAACCCUCAGAGAUCCUCCAACACCCUCCCACCAACCCUCCAACACCCUCCCACCAACCCUCAGAGAUCCUCCCAACCCUCCAGCACACCCUCCCACCAACCCUGCAACACCCUCCCACCAACCCUCCAAUCCCUCCCACCAACCCUCCAACACCCUCCUCCCACCAACCCCUCAGACACCCUCCAAUCCCUCCCACCAACCCUCAGACACCCUCCAAUCCCCUCCCAGAACCCACACCUCCCACCAGCCCUCAGACACCACCCUCCCACCAACCCACAGACACCUCCAUCCCCCCUCCCACCAGCCCUCAGACACCCCUCCCACCAACCCUCAGACACCCUCCCACUCAACCCUCCCACCAACCCUCCAACACCCUCCCACCAACCCUCCAAUACCCCUCCCACCCCUCAACCCUCAGACACCCUCCCACCAACCCUCAGACACCCUCCAAUCCCUCCCACCAACCCUCAGACACUCCUCCCCCAACCCUCCAGCCCCUCCCACCAACCCUCAGACAACCCUCCCACCAACACCUCCAACACCUCCCACCAACCCUCAGACACCCUCCAAUCCCCUCCCACCAACUCCACAGACACCCUCCCACCAACCCACAGACACCUCCCACCAUUCCCCUCCCACCAACCCUCAGACACCCUCCAACCAACCCUCAGACACCCUCCAACCAACCCUCACCUCCAACACCCUCGCACCAACCUAUCAGACACCCUCCCACCAAGCCCUCAGACACCUCUCUCAUCCCCUCCCACCAACCCUCAGACACCCUCCCACCAACCCACAGACACCCUCCAAUCCCCUCCCACCAACCCUCAGACACCCUCCAACCAACACCCUCCCACCAACCCUCAGACACCCUCUAACCAACCCUCCACUAUUUGUGUCCAUACUGACAAGGUUUCUGGAUUAA